CUUCACUCCCAAUAGUUAAUGAGACACCCCCUCGCAGGAGACAACGGCAGUGCCAGGGCCUCAGUUCUUCUCACAGCACCCUGGGCUCUUUGAAUGAGAGACAUCAAAGAAAACCCAGAAAAAAAAAAUGAAUAAAAAUGAGCGGCUGCUAGGUCCCGAAGCCCCACCACGUGGAGACUUCAGCUCCCCCGAGAGGAGUGUUUCUCACUGCAGUUGAGUCACCAGCAAGACUUGCCGGAGGUGAGCUCCACACAUCCGCGUUGAGACUUGCAGACACGCCUUCUUCUCACACAAGCCUUCCCCAGCCCCACCGCCGCCGCGGACUCCGAGGGUGGUGCCACCAGCCCUGCCACUCGCAGUCCAGACGGGCAGGGGUGCUGCGGACCGUCCGGCCUCGGACCCAUCACAGCCACAGGUUGGAGGAGAUAAGGAGCUGUCCCCGUGCGGUCUCCCCGUGCCCGGUGGAGCAGAUCCUGUCUCCCUGCUGGCGGUGGCGGUGGAGCCCGGGAGUUCCAGAGCUUGGGAAGGGGAAGGAAGCCUCUCUGAAAUCUGACACCUGCUCUCCCAGCAAGGAAACUUUGCAGGCUGACCGACCAAGACCAUCACUAUGACCGAUGGAGACUAUGAUUAUCUGAUCAAACUCCUGGCCCUCGGAGAUUCAGGGGUGGGGAAGACAACAUUUCUUUACAGAUACACAGACAAUAAAUUCAAUCCCAAAUUCAUCACUACAGUAGGAAUAGACUUUCGGGAAAAACGUGUGGUUUAUAAUACACAAGGACCAAAUGGAUCUUCAGGGAAAGCAUUUAAAGUGCAUCUUCAGCUGUGGGACACUGCAGGACAAGAGCGGUUCCGGAGUCUCACCACUGCAUUUUUCAGAGACGCCAUGGGCUUCUUAUUAAUGUUUGACCUCACCAGUCAACAGAGCUUCUUAAAUGUCAGAAACUGGAUGAGCCAACUGCAAGCAAAUGCUUAUUGUGAAAAUCCAGAUAUAGUAUUAAUUGGCAACAAGGCAGAUCUACUGGACCAGAGGGAAGUCAAUGAACGGCAAGCUCGGGAACUGGCUGACAAAUACGGCAUACCGUAUUUUGAAACAAGUGCAGCAACUGGACAGAAUGUGGAGAAAGCUGUAGAAACCCUUUUGGACUUAAUCAUGAAGCGAAUGGACCAGUGUGUGGAGAAGACACAAAUCCCCGAUGCUGUCAAUGGUGGAAGUUCUGGAAGGUUGGAUGGGGAAAAGCCACCAGAGAAGAAAUGUGCCUGCUAGACUCCACAUGGAAACUGAUCGUCAAGAACCCCACCCAAAUAUGACCUUUAAAAACAAUGACAAACCACACAACUGUUGUUGAGUAAACAAUACACAAUGGCAUGUCUUUCUUUUUCUGCCAGAAAAUCUAAGAAACCAGAAUAGUCAACAGUGUUCAAAAGAAUUGACUAGUUAUCCCUGAGGCCCUUUCAGACAAGAUGAAAGAUUUCCCAAUGUGGUUUCAUUAUCACGGAUAUUCAAUUUAUUUUUCUUAUAGAGAAAAUGAGUAAAUAAGACAAUAUAAAAGAACUAUCAGUGAGUUUUAAAUCAGAACAAGUUACCUGUCACAUCGAAGGGUGGGCUACUAAAGGGAGAACACAGGAAGAAGAUUUUCAAAAGAUUGGAUUUACUUAUUAUAUUGAAUCAGAUGGAUAAUUUUAGAUUUGCGUUAGGGAAAAUGUACUAGCUAAAAAUGGAUACACAAUGAAGAAUUCUAUUUGGCUCAUUAUGAAUGACAUUACUAUGUACACCCAAAAAGCUGUACUAGAAUGACUAAAUUACUGAUAAGGUU